GCGUGCAACAAAGCAAAGAAGAACAACAACAACAACAAACAUUCAUUCUCCUUCUCUUUUUCUUACAUUACACUUCACUCUUUGUCUCUACUCUAACACUCUUUUCGGUUAGCAAGUCUUUCCCUAUUAUUUUUGGCGGGAGCUAUACCCCACCAACUUAAAAACAAACCCAUCUUUCUCAUAAAUACUUCAACCUCCUUCUUUCCCAUUCUCUCUCAACAAAAACACCACAAAUAAUAACAUAACACCAUUUUUAACACUCAUACAAUCUGCAACUGCAACUACACAAAUACACAUUUUCUUCUUUGGUUCUUACUUCCCAUCCUUAAAACGCCGUCGUUGAAGUCACCAUUCACUUGAAAAAAUAGAAAGAAUACUUCAAUGACACUUUCUUCGUUUUUGUAUAUUGUUUUCAUAUUUCAUUUCUUCUUCACAUCCCCCUCACUCUCUUUGUCUUCCGAUGGGCUCGCGCUUCUCGCGCUAAAGUCCGCCGUGGACGAGCCCUCCGCCGCAGCUUUCUCCGACUGGAACAACGGCGACCCCACGCCUUGUGCCUGGUCGGGGAUCGCCUGCGCCAAUGUCUCCGGCGAGGGGGAGCCGCGAGUUGUCGGAAUUUCCCUCGCCGGAAAAUCGCUCUCUGGCUACCUCCCCUCGGAGCUCGGCACGCUGCGGUUCCUCCGGCGACUCAACCUCCACGACAACGCCUUCUCUGGCGUCCUCCCGGCGCAGCUCUCCAACGCCACCGCGCUCCACAGCCUCUUCCUUCACGGAAACAACCUCUCCGGCGCAAUCCCCUCCUCCCUCUGCACCCUCCCCCGCCUCCAGAACCUUGACCUCUCCGAAAACGCCUUCUCCGGCCACAUCCCGGAGCACCUCAGAAACUGCAAGAACCUCCAGCGCCUCGUCCUCGCCGGCAACAAAUUCUCCGGCGAGAUUCCGGCCGGCGUGUGGCCGGACCUGCAAAACCUCCUCCAACUCGACCUCUCCGAUAACGAGUUUACAGGCUCAAUCCCCAGCGAAAUCGGAACCCUAAUUUCCCUCUCCGGCACGCUGAACCUCUCCUUCAACCACCUCUCCGGUAAAAUUCCGUCUUCGUUGGGAAAAUUACCGGCAACAGUGAUCUUUGACCUCAAAAACAAUAACCUCAGCGGCGAGAUUCCCCAGACGGGGUCGUUUUCCAACCAGGGCCCCACCGCGUUCCUCGGAAACCCAGACGUAUGUGGGUUUCCACUCAGGAAAUCGUGUUCUGGUUCGGACCGAAAUUUUUCUUCCGGUUCGGACCAGAACAAACCGGACAACGGUAACCGGUCCAAGGGGCUGAGUCCGGGGCUAAUUAUUUUAAUCUCGGCAGCUGAUGCUGCUGUGGUGGCCUUGAUUGGUCUUGUGAUUGUUUACAUUUAUUGGAAGAGAAAGGAUGAUGAGAAUGCUUGUAGUUGCAUUAGGAAGAGGAGUUUUGGUGAAGAGAAAGGGAACAUGUGUGUGUGUGGUGGGUUAUCAUGUUUUGGUGGGGUGAAGAGUGAUGAUGAUGAUGAAGAGUUUGAAGGUGGUGAGGGUGAAGGGGAAUUAGUGAGGAUUGAUAAGGGUUUGAGUUUUGAGCUUGAUGAGUUGUUGAGGGCUUCAGCUUAUGUGUUGGGGAAGAGUGGAUUGGGGAUUGUGUAUAAGGUGGUGUUGGGGAAUGGGGUUCCUGUGGCUGUGAGGAGGUUGGGGGAGGGUGGGGAACAGAGGUAUAAGGAGUUUGCUGCUGAGGUUAUGGCCAUUGGGAAGGUCAAGCACCCUAAUGUUGUGAGGUUGAGGGCUUACUAUUGGGCACAUGAUGAGAAGCUUCUCAUCAGUGAUUUCAUCUCCAAUGGCAAUUUGGCUCAUGCCCUUAGAGGGAGAAAUGGCCAACCAUCUACAAAUCUUUCAUGGUCCACCAGGCUGAGAAUCGCCAAAGGAACAGCGAGGGGCCUGGCCUAUCUCCACGAAUGCAGUCCAAGAAAAUUCGUCCAUGGCGACAUCAAGCCCUCCAACAUCCUGCUAGACAACGACUUUCAACCCUACAUAUCCGAUUUUGGCCUCAACCGUCUAAUCAGCAUCACCGGCAACAACCCCUCCACCGGUGGAUUCAUGGGUGGAGCUCUUCCUUACAUGAACUCAUCACAGAAUGAGAGAACCAACAAUUACAAAGCCCCCGAGGCUCGAGUCCCUGGCUGCAGAACCACCCAGAAAUGGGAUGUGUAUUCGUUUGGAGUUGUCCUGCUUGAAAUACUAACUGGGAGGUCACCAGAGUCAUCUCCCACCACAUCAACUUCCAUGGAAGUCCCUGACUUGGUAAGGUGGGUUAGAAAAGGAUUCGAUCAAGAAAGCCCAUUAUCCGAAAUGGUUGAUCCAUCUCUGCUCCAAGAAGUGCGCGUCAAGAAAGAGGUUCUGGCUGUGUUUCAUGUUGCACUGUCUUGCACUGAGGAAGAUCCAGAGGCUCGGCCUAGGAUGAAAACUGUCUGCGAAAAUCUUGAUAAGAUUGGAACGUAAUGUUUGAACGUGCGCAGUGUGCUAGCUCUAGGACUCAACCUGAGACUGCAAUUUAUGUACCAAAAAGAUGCACUUCAAUCUAACAAUGCAUUUCUGUGGUAACACUAAGAUGGUUUUUAUGCUGGGCAUCAAUAUGGUGCUGCAAUUCUGUUCCUUCCGUCUUGGAUAAGCCCUUUACCUAUGUUUUGGAACUCAAGCAAUUUUUGGAGAGAUGUAAUUAUCACGGUCUCACUUACAUUCCAUUCUCAUUUUAUUUUUUUUUGUUACAUAUCGGAAUUGUAAGAUAUUUUAAUUUUUGUUCUGAUCUCUUUUCCUCCAAAAUGUUAUUGCAAUGCCACAACACCUUGCAUUAUUA